GGGGCGGGGCCAGUGGUUCUGGAAGCCGCGGCCGCUGUUGCCGCUGCAGCGGCCCGAGAGGGGGAGAAAGAGAGAGAGAGAGAGAAAGAAAAGAAGAGAGAGGGAGGCUGGGGUUGUGGGGGAAGGAAGGAAUACGAGUAGGUGGUGAAGUGUGUGUGUGCGUGUGUGUAUGUGCGUGUGUGUGCAUGUGGGGGAGUCAUUCGCGAGGAGCCGCGGAGGAGCUCGGAGGAGGAGGAGGAGUCGUGCGGCGGCAGCUCCUCACCGGGAUCCGGGACUGAAGAAGGGAGAGUGAUCGCUGGCCGCCGCCUUCCCAUCCACACCCCACCUCGGGUCGGCCCCCUCCCCUCGCCCACGGCGCGCGCUCGCUCGCUCACACACCCCGGGCGCGGCGGCGCGAGGAGGAGGAAAAGGAGGAGGAAGAGAAGAACGAGGGGGGGGGAGCGGCGUCUUUGCCCCCGCCUCUUACCGUGACCGCCCCCCCCCCCCCGCCCGCCGUGAGAGUCCUUCAUGGUCCUUCCCCGGCCCCCCCGCUAGCCCAAGGAGCCGCCGCCGCCGCCGCCGGGCGGUGGAGAGAGCGGGGCGGGCGGGCGGGCUGGGAGGCGCCGCCGCCCGCGAACGCUGCAGGGAAAGGUGCGGCUGGGCAGAGGCGGACGAGAAGAGGGGCUGCCGCGGCGGUCGGUCCACGGAGACCGGAAGGAGGCGGCGGCCCCGCGGCCCGGGCUCUGCCGCCGCUCGCCUUACGGGAGGAUCCUUCCCGGUGAUCCCCUGGCCGGGGGACGAGGAGGAGAAAGGAGGAGUCUUGCUGCAAUUUCACCAAGAAUCCUCCUUUGCCGUCGUCGCCGCAGGUUCUGGAUUUAAUAUCGUGUCGGACCGAACCUUCCUGGAUCGAGAGGGUGAAGAAAAGAGCCCCACAGAGGGUAGUGUUUCAAAACAAAAAACAGCAACAACAACAAAAAAGCAAAAAAACAUUGUUUUUGGUGGUGACUCUUUUUUUGGACCACUCCCCCCCCCUCACCCUCUCUGUUUGAUUUCCCCUCUGGACCAUGGCCGACGACGACGUGCUGUUUGAGGAUGUGUAUGAGCUGUGCGAGGUGAUCGGCAAGGGCCCCUUCAGUGUUGUACGGCGAUGUAUCAACAGAGAAACUGGGCAGCAAUUUGCAGUAAAAAUUGUUGAUGUAGCCAAGUUCACAUCAAGUCCAGGGCUAAGUACAGAAGGUAAGAGAUGGAUUUCAAAUCUGAAACGGGAAGCCAGUAUCUGUCAUAUGCUGAAGCAUCCACAUAUUGUGGAACUAUUGGAGACAUAUAGCUCAGAUGGAAUGCUUUAUAUGGUUUUUGAAUUUAUGGAUGGAGCUGAUCUGUGUUUUGAAAUUGUAAAACGAGCAGAUGCUGGUUUUGUAUACAGUGAAGCUGUAGCCAGUCAUUACAUGAGACAGAUACUGGAAGCACUACGCUACUGUCAUGAUAAUAACAUAAUUCACAGGGAUGUGAAGCCACAUUGUGUCCUUCUUGCCUCAAAAGAAAACUCAGCACCCGUUAAACUUGGGGGCUUUGGAGUAGCUAUUCAGUUAGGCGAGUCUGGACUUGUUGCUGGAGGACGUGUAGGAACACCUCAUUUUAUGGCCCCAGAAGUGGUAAAAAGAGAGCCCUAUGGGAAACCUGUAGAUGUCUGGGGUUGUGGGGUGAUCCUUUUUAUUCUUCUAAGUGGUUGUUUGCCUUUUUACGGAACCAAGGAAAGAUUGUUUGAAGGCAUUAUUAAAGGAAAAUAUAAGAUGAAUCCCAGGCAGUGGAGCCAUAUCUCUGAAAGUGCCAAAGACCUGGUUCGCCGAAUGUUGAUGCUGGAUCCAGCUGAAAGGAUAACGGUCUAUGAGGCACUUAAUCAUCCUUGGCUUAAGGAGAGAGAUCGCUAUGCCUACAAGAUUCAUCUUCCUGAAACGGUAGAGCAACUGCGGAAAUUCAAUGCAAGGAGGAAACUAAAGGGUGCAGUACUGGCAGCUGUAUCAAGCCACAAAUUUAACUCAUUCUAUGGGGAUCCCCCUGAAGAAUUGCCAGAUUUCUCUGAAGAUCCUACCUCCUCAGGACUUCUAGCAGCAGAAAGAGCAGUCUCACAGGUGCUAGACAGCCUGGAGGAAAUUCAUGCACUUACAGACUGCAGUGAAAAGGACUUAGAUUUUCUACACAGUGUUUUCCAGGAUCAGCAUCUCCACACACUGCUAGAUCUUUAUGACAAAAUUAACACAAAGUCUUCACCACAUAUCAGGAAUCCUCCCAGUGAUGCUGUACAGAGAGCCAAAGAGGUAUUAGAAGAAAUUUCAUGUUACCCUGAAAACAAUGAUGCAAAGGAGCUAAAGCGUAUUUUAACACAACCUCAUUUCAUGGCCUUACUUCAAACUCAUGACGUAGUGGCACAUGAAGUUUACAGUGAUGAGGCAUUGAGGGUUACACCUCCUCCCACCUCUCCAUACUUAAACGGAGAUUCCCCAGAAAGUGCCAAUGGUGACAUGGACAUGGAGAAUGUUACUCGAGUACGGUUGGUACAGUUCCAGAAAAACACAGAUGAACCAAUGGGAAUCACUUUGAAAAUGAAUGAGUUAAACCAUUGCAUUGUAGCAAGAAUUAUGCAUGGGGGAAUGAUUCAUAGACAAGGUACACUUCAUGUAGGUGAUGAAAUCCGAGAAAUAAAUGGUAUCAGUGUAGCUAACCAAACUGUGGAACAGCUGCAAAAAAUGCUUAGGGAAAUGCGGGGGAGUAUUACCUUCAAGAUUGUGCCAAGUUAUCGCACUCAGUCUUCAUCCUGUGAGAGAGAUUCCCCCUCUACCUCCAGACAGUCCCCAGCUAAUGGUCAUAGCAGCACCAACAAUUCUGUUUCGGACUUGCCAUCAACUACCCAACCAAAAGGACGACAGAUCUAUGUAAGAGCACAAUUUGAAUAUGAUCCAGCGAAGGAUGACCUCAUCCCAUGCAAGGAAGCUGGUAUUCGAUUUAGAGUCGGUGAUAUUAUCCAGAUUAUUAGUAAGGAUGACCACAAUUGGUGGCAAGGUAAACUGGAAAACUCCAAAAAUGGUACUGCAGGUCUCAUUCCUUCUCCUGAACUUCAAGAAUGGAGAGUAGCUUGUAUUGCUAUGGAGAAGACCAAACAGGAGCAGCAAGCCAGCUGUACUUGGUUUGGGAAGAAGAAGAAGCAAUACAAAGAUAAAUAUUUAGCAAAGCACAAUGCAGUGUUUGAUCAAUUAGAUCUUGUUACAUAUGAAGAAGUUGUAAAACUGCCAGCAUUUAAAAGGAAAACACUUGUCUUACUAGGUGCACAUGGUGUUGGAAGAAGACAUAUAAAAAAUACACUCAUUACAAAACACCCUGACAGAUUUGCAUACCCUAUUCCACACACAACUAGACCUCCAAAGAAAGAUGAAGAAAACGGAAAGAACUAUUACUUUGUAUCUCACGACCAAAUGAUGCAAGACAUAUCUAACAAUGAAUACUUAGAGUAUGGCAGUCAUGAGGAUGCCAUGUAUGGGACAAAACUGGAGACAAUACGGAAGAUCCAUGAGCAGGGACUGAUUGCAAUACUGGAUGUAGAACCUCAGGCACUGAAGGUCCUAAGAACAGCAGAGUUUGCUCCUUUUGUCGUUUUUAUUGCUGCACCCACGAUUACUCCAGGCAUCAAUGAGGUAAGAAUCACUUAGACUUUUAAAUAUAAACAU